GAGACCCGCAGGCUGGGGGCUGUGCUGGACCGCCGCCCUGCUCCUCGCAGCGAUGGGGGCGGCAGUGGAAGACAGAUGUGGCAGAAACGAGUUCCAGUGCCAAGAUGGGAAGUGCAUCUCCUACAAGUGGGUUUGUGACGGGAGCGCCGAAUGCCCAGAUGCCUCAGAUGAGUCCCAGGAGACCUGCAUGUCUGUCACCUGUAAGUCGGGGGACUUCAGCUGCGGAGGCCGUGUCAACCGCUGCAUCCCUCAGUUCUGGAGAUGUGACGGCCAGGUGGACUGCGAGAAUGGCUCGGACGAGCAAGGCUGUUUACCCAAGACGUGCUCCCAGAACGAGUUCCGCUGCCAGGAUGGGAAGUGCAUCGCCCUGGACUUUGUCUGUGACUCGGACCGGGACUGUUUGGACGGGUCUGACGAGGCGUCCUGCCCUGUGCCCACCUGUGGCCCUGCCAACUUCCAGUGCAACAACUCAGCCUGCAUCCCCGAGCUGUGGGCUUGUGAUGGUGACCCCGACUGCAAGGACGGCUCAGAUGAGUGGCCGCAGCACUGCGAGGGCCGCAAGCUGUCAGUCCCCCAAUACGACAACGGCCCGUGCUCCACCCUUGAGUUUCACUGCCAGAGCGGCGAAUGUAUCCACUCCAGCUGGCGCUGUGACGGGGGCCCCGACUGCAAGGACAAGUCCGACGAGGAGAACUGCACUGUGGCCACAUGCCGGCCUGAUGAGUUCCAGUGCUCAGACGGGACCUGUAUCCAUGGCAGCCGGCAGUGUGACCGGGAAUAUGACUGUAAGGACUCGAGCGACGAGCUUGGAUGCAUCAACGUGACACUGUGCGAGGGGCCCAGCAAGUUCAAGUGCCACAGCGGCGAAUGCAUCACGCUGGACAAAGUGUGCAACUCGGUCAGGGACUGUCGGGACUGGUCGGACGAGCCCCUCAGGGAGUGUGGGACCAACGAGUGUCUGGACAACAAGGGCGGUUGUUCCCACAUCUGCAAUGACCUCAAGGUGGGCUACGAGUGCUUGUGUCCUGAGGGUUUCCGGCUGGUGGACCAGCGAAGAUGCGAAGAUAUCGACGAGUGUCAGGACCCCGAUGUGUGCAGCCAGCUGUGCGUGAACCUCGAGGGCAGCUACAAGUGCGACUGUGAGAAGGGCUUCCAGCUGGACCCGCACACCAAGGCCUGCAAGGCUGUGGGUGACAUCGCCUACCUCUUCUUCACCAACCGCCACGAGGUGAGGAAGAUGACCCUGGACCGCAGCGAAUACACCAGCCUCAUCCCGAACCUGAAGAACGUUGUGGCCCUGGACACAGAGGUGGCCAGCAACAGAAUUUACUGGUCUGACCUGUCCCAGAGGAAGAUCUACAGCACCCAGAUCGACAGAGCCCCCAGCUUUUCCACCUAUGACACCAUCAUCAGCGAGGGCGUCCAGGCCCCCGACGGGCUGGCUGUGGACUGGGUCCACAGCAACAUAUACUGGACAGACUCCAUCCUGGGCACCGUCUCCGUGGCUGACACCAAGGGUGUGAAGAGAAAGACACUCUUCAAGGAGAAAGGCUCCAAGCCGCGCGCCAUCGUGGUGGACCCCGCGCACGGCUUCAUGUACUGGACGGAUUGGGGAACCCCCGCCGAGAUCAAGAAGGGGGGUCUGAACGGUGUCGACGUGUACUCGCUCGUGACGGAAGACAUCCAGUGGCCCAAUGGCAUCACCCUGGAUCUUUCUGGUGGCCGCCUCUACUGGGUUGACUCCAAACUCCACUCCAUCUCCAGCAUUGACGUCAACGGCGGGAACCGGAAGACCGUUUUGGAGGACAAGAAAAAGCUGGCACACCCCUUCUCUUUGGCCAUCUUCGAGGAUAAAAUAUUUUGGACGGACAUCAUCAACGAAGCCAUUUUCAGUGCCAACCGCCUCACAGGCUCAGACAUUAAUUUGGUGGCAGAAAACCUGUUGUCCCCGGAGGACAUUGUCCUUUUUCACAACCUCACACAGCCAGAAGGGGUGAACUGGUGUGAGAGGACAACCCUUCGCAACGGUGGCUGCCAAUACCUGUGUCUCCCAGCCCCACAGAUCAACCCCCACUCGCCCAAGUUCACCUGUGCCUGCCCUGAUGGCAUGCUGCUGGCCAAGGACAUGAGGAGCUGCCUCACAGGGCCUGAGCCUGGAGCGACCACCCAGGGCACCUCCACGGUCACGGUCAGGCCGACGGUCCGCUCCACAACCGUGGAGCCAAAGCACACAACCAGCCCGCAGUCCGUGGCCAGCCCUGAGUUCACCACGGCUGAGAUGGUGACAAUGUCCCACCACGCCCUGGGCGACACAGCCAGCAGAGGAGACGAGGAGAGGCCCAGGAGUGUGGGGGCGCUGUACGUCAUCCUCCCCGUCGUCCUGCUCACCCUCCUGUGCUUCGGGACCUUCCUCCUCUGGAAGAACUGGCGGCUGCGGAGCAUCAACAGCAUCAACUUCGACAACCCCGUGUACCAGAAGACCACAGAGGAUGAGGUCCACAUCUGCUGCAGCCCGGACGGCUACACCUACCCUUCGAGACAGAUGGUCAGCCUGGAGGACGAGGCGGCGUGAGCUGCUGCUUCCAGGCCCGUCCUUCCCCGGAACCUGCUGCUGGUCACGGGCAGGAAGAACACUUUCUCCCCAGACCCUUGACCUGCCCCAAACCCUUCCUGAGACCUUGACGCCCUCCCGUUUCAUGCAAAGAAAGCAGCGAACCCAAAGCAGCGCCUGCAGCCGCUGGGCCUGUCCUGCCAGAGCUUUGUUCUAUAUAUUUAUUCGUCGGGUAGGCAGACGGGCUUCCAACGGCGCCCGUGCAACGGGUUGAGGUUGGAAUUUUUUUUCUUUAUGACUAGUGGAGAAGAGAAGGUCGAAUGAGCUGGGGUGGGGGGCGUCUCUGCCCUCUCCAGGGACUGCCAGAGGGACAGAGAAGGCAAGGGGCUGGGAACUGGAGAGCAGACCCUACCCUACCUGCGAGGUCCUGGGUGGCUGCUCUACCCCUCCCCGUCCCCGCCCCAGCCCGAGCCCCCAAACUCAGGAGUAACCGUGCUCACCUCUGCCUUGCUGGGCAGCCGGCGCUCACUGUUGCUUUCCUGCACCUCAGGUCUGGAUCAAACUCGGGUUUUCCAAGCGAGGUCUGUGCCCUCCCUUGACUCUAGCAUUGGUCUUGACCUGGCCAAAUCCAGCAUCCUGGGGGUGGGGCCAAGUGAGUCGGGUUCAUUCACUGAAACCUCCACCGUCCCCAGGUUACCGGUUGCCCUUAAUAUGGAUUAAGUGCCUGAGACGCCCAGUUAGCUGAUGCGUGCAGACAGCGGCCUCCAGUCUCUAAGAGCGUCCUGUGGUCCAGGCGUGGUGGCCUGGACCACAGCCCCCGCGCCUGCGCCAGACCCUUCCAGAUCCCUCGAGCACUUUUUUUUUAGUUCAGGGCUGCAUCUUAUGUAACAUUGACAUCGUUACUGUUUUGCACUGGUUUCUGUUCCGGUUGGGAUGGGCUCCGGGCCCGCAUGGACAAACGUGCGUGAUCUCGGGGCUUCUCCCCGCCGAGCGCCUCAAAGCUGCCAUCUUCACUGUCCCGCUAGUGUUUCUGCUUCUGUGCAGACGCCCCGAGCCAUUCAUUUCCCCCAACAAGAUGCUUGUCGAUGGGUGCCUGUCCAACACGUGCAUGGCGUUUUAGCCCCGUAAGACACCCCCCUGGGCUUGGUCGGCUCACGGGACUUCUUAAACAAAAUGUCUUUCCCAUGCUCUCAUCUGUGUCGCCUUUCCGACCAAAGACAGAAGACGCGGCCUCCUGUGGCUUCCCGCCUGGCCUCGUCCGGGGCCUGCCUGUCGCUCGCCGCAUGACCGCCUGACACUGUGCUCUACCCUCUAGGAAACUGUGAAGCCUUUUCUCCUGCCGAAGCAUGUACAUAAUCCCUCGUACAGAUCACGGGGGCUUUUUUGUUAUGUUUGCACUUUGUAUAUUUGUUAAACGUGUAUCACUUCUAUAUAUGAAACAAAGAUCUAUUUAUUUUUGCAAACCCUAGUUGCUGCAACGCUGACCCUCCGGGGGCUCCCCUCGGGGGGAAGUCGUCUCUGAGACGCCUCUUUUUGUACAAAGAUUAGCGCAAAGCUCUUCAGGAGAAUCGCGUCUGUGUUGUAUAUAUGGUGGGUUGCUUUUGGGGGGUGGGUAUCGCUUUUUAAACCACUGUACAGAAUGUUUUUAUAGCCCGAAUGUCUUACUGUGAUCGAUUAAAUUUCUUAAAUGAACCGCUGGCAA